GAUUUGGUGAAAAUCCACAGGAAUCUAACGCAGGACAUCAAUGAUUCCAUUGUUAACAAAAAUGAUCAGAACCUAUAUCAAAUUUUUAUUAACUACAAGGAAAGAUUGCUUAUUUAUGGACAGUACUGCAGUCAAGUGGAGAUAGCGAUAUCAUGCUUAGACAACAUCUCUAAGACAAAAGAAGAUGUUAAAAUGAAGUUAGAGGAAUGUUCCAAGAGGACCAAUAACGGAAAAUUUACAUUGCGGGAUCUUUUAGUGGUUCCAAUGCAGAGAGUGCUAAAAUACCACCUACUGCUCCAGGAGCUGGUAAAGCACACUACUGAUCCCAUGGAGAAGGCAAAUCUAAAACUGGCACUUGAUGCGAUGAAGGACUUGGCUCAAUAUGUAAAUGAAGUGAAGAGAGAUAAUGAAACACUCCGUGAAAUUAGUCAGUUUCAACUAUCAAUAGAGAAUUUGAACCAUUCCCUCUUACAGUAUGGAAGACCUCAAGGUGACGGAGAAAUAAGGAUAACUACGUUAGACAAACGUGCGAGGCAGGACAGGCAUAUCUUCUUGUUUGAUCUAGCUGUAAUUGUUUGCAAACGGAGAGGUGAUAAUUAUGAAAUGAAGGAAAUAAUAGAUCUUCAGAAAUACAAAAUUACAAAUAACCCCACUACUGAUAAAGAAAAUAAGAAGUGGUCUUAUGGCUUCUACCUCAUUCAUAUCCAAGGUCAAAACGGUAUAGAAGUUUAUUGCAAAACUAAAGACUUGAAGAAAAAAUGGCUGGAACAAUUUCAGAUGGCUCUGUCAAACAUUCGGCCAGACUAUGCGGAUACAAGCUUUCAUGAGUUCAAAAUGCAUACCUUCAGUCGUGUGACAUCUUGCAAAGUCUGUCAGAUGCUUCUGAGGGGAACAUUUUAUCAAGGCUAUUUAUGUUCUAAGUGUGGAGCUGGAGCACACAAAGAAUGUUUAGGAAGAUUAGACAAUUGUGGCAGAGCUAAUUCAGGUGAACAUGGGAACCUGAAACAUGAGAAACGAACGAAUGGGAUUAGAAGAAACUCUAGACACGUGGACCCAGGUUUACCAAAAAUGCAAGUCAUUCGAAACUACAAUGGGAUACCACAGCCAGCGACACAAGAUGGUCCACCAUUGCAUAUCCAGAUUGGGGACACUAUUGAGCUAAUUAGAGGAGAUGCGCAUAGCUUAUUUUGGCAGGGCAGAAAUCUAACAACAGGAGAGCUUGGAUUCUUCCCAAGUGAUGCAGUAAAGCCUAGCCCAUGUGUUCCUAAACCUGUAGACUACUCUUCACAACUGUGGUUUGCAGGAGCAAUGGAAAGAUUGCAAGCUGAGAGUGAACUUAUUAACAGAGUAAAUAGCACUUACCUGGUGCGGCACAGGACCAAAGAAUCAGGAGAAUAUGCCAUUAGUAUUAAGUACAAUAACGAAGUGAAACACAUCAAGAUUUUAACAAGAGAUGGCCUUUUUCACAUUGCAGAAAACAGAAAAUUUAAAAAUUUAAUGGAACUUGUAGAAUACUAUAAGCACCACUCUCUCAAAGAAGGCUUCCGAAGUUUGGAUACUACUCUUCAAUUUCCAUACAAAGAAUCUGAAAACUCAGUGGGACAAAGGGGUAACAGAGCAGGUGGCAACUUGCUAAGCCCGAAGGUGAUAGGCAUUGCUAUAGCCAGGUAUGACUUCUGUGCAAGAGACAUGAGAGAACUGUCCUUAUUGAAAGGCGAUGUUGUAAAAAUUUAUACAAAGAUGAGUGCGAAUGGCUGGUGGAGAGGUGAAGUAAAUGGAAAGGUGGGCUGGUUUCCAUCAACUUAUGUUGAAGAGGACGAAUGAAUUCAAAACUUUUCUCUGCUGACCAGCAGUUUCAGGGAUUGUAAGAUUUAGUAUCUUCAAAGUGUUAUUGGUCUUGUUAAGUAUUUAAACAGCAGCAUUUUUGUCUGUCUGAACCUUCCAAUCUUAAUGUUGGGAUUUAUACAGAAGUUUGUGCUGACAGAUUAUUACCCUGCCCAGAGCUGUGCAAGAAAAAAACCUGCCGGUUUGCCAUCACUGGGGAUCAGUACAAAGUCCAACCUUCACCUUCCUGGAAGAUCUCUGGAAAACAAAUUUCUUUAUGCUCCUUUUCAUUUCACCCUGUACUACACCAUGAAUACUAGCUAUGGCUGAAUAUUUAAUAAGUCUCUUUUCUUCUAGCUAACAUCUGUGAUGGUACAAGGAGAUGAAGGCUUAUUAUUCCUUAUCACUGCAUGCAGAAAACGAGUUCAGUCAUUUCAGUGGGCAUAAAGUACAGUCAGUAGACUUGUCUUGAAAUAUCAAACUACUUACCACCUUACAGUUUUACACUCACAAAAAAAUUCUGAAGGAAAUGUGAACAUAGUAAGCAUAAGUAGCAUUCAUGCAUAUAUAAUUAGUUAACUGACUACUUUGAGGUCCUGCCUAAAUCUUCUAACAAUUUGUUCAAAGAGAACAUUUUUAAAAGGUGUAGUAAUGUGGUAUUGCUUGAAUAAGUGUCCACAAAGUGGAAUUGCGAGUUCCUUUUUUUGUCAUCCCAAG